AGCCCAACUGUAUUUCGAUUCAAAAACCAAAAAAUAAAAUAAAAGAUGUGCACGAAAGUGUACAGCAGCGGACGUUAGCAACAGCGAUGAUCUGCUUACACUUGCAAUCCCUCCCUCCCCGCUUCUGCUUCACGCUAAGACAACUACCGAUCUAGGGUUUUGAGAUCUGAAGAAUUUUCCGUCAUUUUCUUUCUCCCCAAACAAUGGGAUUGCUCAUCGAGAGCGAUGUAUGGGAACCGAAUCAGUCCCUAUAUGUAUUCAUUUUGGUAUCAUGCUUCCUCUCAAUCUUCUGUCUACCUCAAUUUUCGGCCAAUUCCAACAGAGCUCCCACUCCAUUCGAUUACUCUGUUCCCGCUUCGUUCCUUCGCUUUCAGAGAAGUUUUAUUCUCCUAUUUUCUCUCUGCUCAGUGAUGGAAGGGCUGUGGUCUGUGUUUGGAGAGUAUGAGUUCGAACAAUAUGGUGUUAAUAGGGAGCAGAUGGUGUUGUCUCUUUGUGUUGGUUAUGCAGCUGCUCUCUUCAUUGGUACCUUCUUAGGCAUGCUAUCUGAUCUAAUAGGUCAAAAGGACGUUUGUUUGAUAUUUUGCAUCCUGCACCUCUUUGUUGGCAUGUGGAAGAGAAUUUGUCCACAUCUGAGUGUCUGGUUAGCAAGUAUCUGUCUCUCUCUUGCCAGUUCUAUAUUUUCAUUCAGUUUUGAGACAUGGAUGGUGGUUGAGCAUGAGAAGCUAGGGCAUAGGCAAGAUUCAUUGAAUGACAUGUUCUGGAUAAUGGCAUUCACUGAGUCUGCAUCUUUCAUGGGUAGCCAAGUGAUAGCAAAUUGGCUGAUUCCUAGUAAUGUAGAGACAAGUGUGCUUUCUCCUUCUACUGCAGCAGUAUUGCUGGCAAUUCUCUCUAUCAUUUUUGUCACUCAUGGAUGGAAGGAAGUAUCACAAACAGCAGUGCUCAAGGAUUAUGCAAUAUCUUUUAAGGAUUAUAUGAAAUCUUUCAAAGCAUACAUCUUUGGUGAUAAACAGGUAUGGCUUUUGGCUUGGGCACAAGCUUGCGUUCAAUUCUCCAUUGCAGUCUUCUGGAUUCUAUGGGCUCCCACUAUAGUGGCUGAUGGGCGAGAAGUACGUCUAGGGUUGAUAUAUCCUUGUUUUCUGGGUGCCAGAAUGCUAGGAAGCACAGUUUUUCCAUGGUUUUUCAGUGGACCAUUAUCUCUUCGUACUGAGGAUUGCCUGGUAUAUGUGUUCAUAGUAAUGGGUUUUGUUUUGUCCAUAGUGGCCUACGAUUAUCAGGAAAUUGGAGUUCUUGUAGCACUAUUCUGCUUAUUUCAUGCUUGUGUUGGCCUUCUUUUACCUUCACUUGCCAGAUUGAGGACUAUGUAUAUACCAAAUGAGUUGCGUGGGGGGAUGAUGAGCCUUUCUCUAGCCCCUGCAAAUGCAGCAAUUCUGUUUGUCCUAUUGCAAAGAGGCUACUAUCAAAGCAUUGAGAAUUCAACAAUCAUGGCAUUUGCUGCACUUGGUCUGUUCUCUGCCGCAGGUUGCCUACAUCUUUUGAAGCGCUUGGGGAAGCAACCCCACCAAACUUGGCACAAAUUGUGAUUUCAUACCCCGUGUUUCCAAGAUCAAUGGUCAAUGUGGGGGAUCUUGGUUUUCUGGUUUUCAAGAGAUGGGAGAGAAAAAGAUGGAAAUGAAGUAGCAGCAACCCUUGAAAAUCAAUUCAAUCAUGUAAAGAUAUGUGUUGAAUUAAAUGAAGAACAAUGAGCAGAGAGACACAUACUUAAUGUUGUAGAUCUCCACCAGACACUGCAGAACUCAAGAUGGAAGCUGAAAGGAUACAGGAUUACUAAACCAAAAAAGGUUAAAGGUUUUUUUAUAUCCUGAUUAUUGAGCCUUUUAAUUCUGAUGCAACAAUGGCGUAUUGUCGUUCAAGUUCUGUAACACCAGGUAAAUGUUUUAGCUAACAAAAGUAGCACGCGAGAUUGUGUUCCGGCUAAUCCACCAUUUGAGCUAGUCUAACCCAGGAGGUAUUUUUCUGUUUUUGAUUCAGUGAAAAUUUAGUUAUAUACAUUAAGUCGAUAAAAAGCUUGAACUCAAACCAUAGUCUUUGAUGUAAAGCCCAAAGAUCUUGGAUGUCACCUUGUGGAUGAAGAGUCACGUUUUAGUUCAUUCAUUCAUUCACAAAACUUAAGAAUAGUGCUGACAUUUGGAGCACUUAUUUAUAGGGCUUAUUGUUUUCAUUUGGUUGUUUUGUUUUUUCCAAGGAUGAGAAUGGAUUAUUUGUUUUUAUU